CCCUCUUCUCGCAUCCUGUCUGGUGAAGAUAGCAAGCGGCAGCAGAAAUUAGACCAGACUGAUGCUGUUAUAUUUCCUUAAUUAAAUCAAUUAAACAGAGAUUAAAAUAACUCAAACGACCGAAAUCGUUAUAAAAAGAGCACAAUGAUUCGUUUUAUCCUCAUCCAGAAUAGGGCAGGGAAGACCAGGCUUGCCAAGUGGUACAUGCAGUUUGAUGAUGACGAGAAACAGAAGCUGAUCGAAGAAGUUCAUGCUGUAGUGACCGUUCGUGAUGCCAAGCACACCAACUUUGUAGAGUUCAGAAACUUCAAGAUCAUUUACAGGCGGUAUGCCGGCCUGUACUUCUGCAUCUGCGUGGAUGUGACAGACAACAACUUGGCUUACCUGGAAGCUAUUCACAACUUUGUUGAGGUUUUGAAUGAGUACUUCCAUAAUGUGUGUGAAUUAGAUCUGGUCUUCAAUUUUUACAAGGUUUACACAGUUGUGGACGAGAUGUUUCUUGCAGGAGAGAUCCGAGAAACUAGCCAGACGAAGGUCCUCAAGCAGCUCCUUAUGCUGCAGUCUCUGGAGUAGAGAGCCCAUUGGUGUCCAGUCACUCAAUCAAUUGACCAACAUUGCAGCAUGCCCUGCCCACCUCUGCUGCAACCAAGCCAUAAUAUGGGUGUUGUCUCGCUGAAAUAAAUACACAAACGUUUCACCUUUUCUUAAAAUGUAUAAAAUCACGUUUUUGCAUUCAGUUACUUAUGAAUUUUCAAGAAGAUAUGCAUUUGGAAGAAGACCUCCCCAGUUAUUUAGUUUUGACCUAAUUGCUUCUCCCAGUGCUUUGGCUCAGCCAGACUCAAAUACUUCAGCGAUUUUAUAGCACAGUAGACUUGAAAGAGUCUAACUGGCAACCUCUCCAAGCCCAUUCAUUAACUAAAAUAGAGAAUAGCCAUCCUGACGGCCAAAACCGGCAAGUCACGGAAGCAUCUGAACCAUGAGGUCCACACUCUACACUACAAAUCCUGAAAGAAAUGUUAUCUUGGUGUUGUUAAAUCCUCAUUUUCUCAAAUGAAACCUUCCCAGACAUGUCGUAUCUAGAGUUCUCUUAUGACCAGAAAGGUCAAUUAACAAAAUAAAAUUCCCACAUUCAAAUCAAAUAUUCAUUUAAAGGGAUAGAUCACCCAAAAAUGAAAGUUAUGUCGUCAUUUACUUGCACAGAGAUUGUUCCAAACCCACAUGACUUUUGUGGAACACAAAAGGGGAUGGUAGGCAAAAUUUUUGUGACUAACAUUUAAUUCAUUGUAUGGAAAAUGUAGCAUUGUCAUUUUGUGUUUAUGGAACAACAUGAGGGUAAUUAAAUGAGGUCAGAAUUUUGAUUUUAACUGAACUAUUCCUAUUGGAACUUGUUUAGUUCAAAUCUAUUGUGCUACUUGCAUAAAGCAGUACUUUUGAAGGUUUUUUUUGUUUUGUAUUGUGUACAUAUACAUUAUAUAUGCAUAUAUUUUAAGUGUAAUUUUAUGAACUAACCAGUCAUUCCAGUCAUCUAAAUGCUCUCUGAUGCUGCUCAUGUUCUUCCACUGUAAGCGUUCAGAUUGCAUUGAAGUCUGUUGGCAGUGUGGAGAACUAGAGCCGGUGAUUAGGGAGUGGUUUAGGGAAGAAGGCUUUGUAAAAGAAUUGAUCUUGGGGGAAAUGACAAAAGAUGGUCUUUUAAUUUCCCCUUUUGUAGCGGCAGUUUCCUUGAUCCAAAAACUCUAUGGCAACUGCUCAGCCUUGAAACGUUCCAUUACAGUUAGAUUCAUACAAGUUACUGUGAGAAUUUGUCUUUUUGUUUUAUACAGUUUAUUUUUAUUUUGUUUUUGUCCCAAAAUAUUCUAGAUUUGCCUAUUUGUCCCUGUAAGAUUGCAGAGUAAGAGUUGAUGUAAGUGGUGUUAUACCCCCAUAUGUUUCUGUCAGUGUAUAUAUCCAUGAUGGUGAAAUAAACCUUUAA